AUGUCUGAAGUCAACGGAAUACCUCAAACCUGGCGAGUCUACCUGUACGGUGCUGGCUCAAUUGCAUGGCGACAUGGCGUCGCGGCGGAAAGCCUCGGCGAUGAUGUUCAGCUGUUUGCUGCAGACCCCUCAAAAGAUGCUCGAAAAGCGCUGCUCGCCAAAUUCCCCAAAGCAACAGUCUAUGAAGAUGCAGAGGAAAUGCUCGCCAGCUCUCCAGGGCAAGAGCGCGACAUAGUCGUGGUAGCCGUGCCUCCAUUCCUGCAUCACGCAGCAACACUACGCGCGUUUCGAUCCAAUCGCCAUGUUCUCUGCGAAAAGCCGCUGGCCACAUCCAACAAGGAGAUGGCCGAAAUGCUAGCCGCCAGUGAUGAGGCCAACCGAGUCUUUGGAGAGUGCAGCUUUCGGUAUCUGGGAAACAAAGCUUUGGAUCGCGCCCGUAGUUUGAUCGAGACGGGAGGGGUAGGGUCCAUCUAUCAUGCUCGCUUCAUCAACCGCCAGCCUAGAGCUCGCGCGGGAAUCGAGUAUCAACCAUCGAGCAGAUGGUUCCUGGAAAAGGAGAAGUCUGGUGGCGGUAUCGUAUUCGACUGGGGCGUCUACGAUAUCACUAUGUUCUUCGACGUACUCCGUCCUGUUGCUGCCACGGUCAACCAUGCUUGGCUGGCCACGCCAACUACCGGUGCUGACCCGUCAGGGACGUCCAUCUCUGUUGAGACACAUGCUGGCGCGUCUCUGACUCUGAAGCUUCAGGACGGCACUGUCAUCCCAUUCUACUGGGAGCGAGCAAGCGGCUUCCAUGGAGAUGCCCAGGUCGCUCUAAAUAUCGACGGCACAGCUGGCGGCCUGACGUGGGAAUGGGUCCCUACUUUUGACUACAAGGAUGAAGUCGACGAGUUAGAGCAAGGCUUCAAGCUAAUGCACUAUGUCGAUCACAAUGGAAAAGUCGAGGCUAGGGAGGAGAAGUUUCCUGCUUUCGGUUGGGAGGAUGCGAAUCAACGCCCAUUGCUUUCCUUCGUCGACUUGAUCGAGGGACGUGAUAGUGUUGCUCUAUCCAGGAGCAGGCUUGAGUUCAACUUUGAUGUCGUAUCGGCUAUCUACAAGUGUGCCUCCGAAGGCAAGCCCGUUCAUGUCCAGAUGAAGUAA